UUGGGCGCAUGGGAGAAGAAAGAAAGAAAAAAGUCAAAAGGUUGUAAAGUCGAAGCGCGUGGUUGCAGCAAAAUUUUUCCGAUUUUCUGCACCCAGGACCAGCCUGCGAAAACUGGAGCGCCCGAAGUGAACGGAACUCGACACGGGUUUCCUUUCAGCACGGUUUCGUUCUCUAGGUUUUUCCGAUUAUUUUCCGUUUUAUCCCGUCGGCGAAAACGUACCACGUCGGCGGUCGUGUUCGAGCUCGCGGUGUGAACGUGUACGUGUGUGUGUGUGCGUGCGUACGUGUGUGCCGCGUUUGGUAGUGGCUGGUUUCUUUGCCCAAGAAACGUACGUGUUAUCCUCCCGUUCCAUUUCCGUUCCAAUCACCGUGUUUUAAGGAGUUUCCGUUUUUCUUUUCCGUUCCGGAUUCGGUUUGUUGCGGUUAAGCUUUCACCCCCCUAACCCGCCCUGUUCUGCUGCAUACAGCAGCACCCAACUCAUUGGUCAAGUUACGUUGCACACGCACCACCGUUACGUGUGCGUGUGUGUAUGUGCAGUAAGUGCGUGUGUGCGUAGAGUGAAAUUCCGGUGCAAGGCAGGCAGAAGCGCAAAGUGCACUUUAAUCGGGGGGAGGAAAAAGAAACCAGACCAAUCCGUGCGGCCUCCCCGAAGAAAAUCGGUGUGCUCUGGUGCAGAUAGCUGACGGAGCAACGAGUCGUCGCGACACGGCAGUAGCAGCAAGCAAAGUGAAAAGUGAGUUUCGUCCGCGCCAGUGAGCUAGUGAGCUGAAAAUGGCACAGGAAAACGAUAGCAACGAGAUGAACACCAAGUUCAGCAAGCUCAACGUGAAUGCGGUCGAGUUUGUGCCGAGCUUUUGCACACCUUCAUCGACGGCAGUGCAGACGGCAGCGGCGGCGGCGGCACCGGCGGAAACACCUGCAACGGGAUCCCCAACGGCACCGGCUGCAGCGCCGCUUCCGGUCGCUCCAGCAUCGGCCACGUCGAGCGGGGGCAGCAGCAGUGGGGGCGGUGGUGGAGGCGGUGGCGGAGGUGCCACUACGCCGACGUCCACAGCUGCCACACCAACACCGCCAUCCUCGUCGGCGCCGACACCCAUGGAAAGGGACGAAGAUCCGGUGAAAACGCCUGAAAACAAUGAAAGUGAACCGCUCGACAGUUGGGAUGCCGAAGAGGAUUCGAUCUUAACGCCGGAAGAUGAGGAAAUGGAAUUGGAUGAUGGUGAGGUGGACGGAGAUACGGCACCGAAAGUAUCGAAAAAGAAGCCCCCCAAGGUGGAGGAAAGUCGAAGCAAAAAGGAACACGUGAAUGUGGUCUUCAUUGGCCAUGUCGAUGCCGGUAAAUCGACGAUCGGCGGACAGAUCAUGUCACUCACCGGUAUGGUAGACAAACGGACACUCGAAAAGUACGAACGCGAGGCGCGUGAAAAGUCGCGAGAAAGCUGGUACUUAUCGUGGGCGCUCGACACGAAUCAGGAAGAACGUGACAAGGGAAAAACGGUGGAAGUUGGUCGUGCCUAUUUUGAGACUGAGAAGAAACAUUUCACCAUCCUCGACGCACCCGGGCACAAGAGCUUCGUGCCAAACAUGAUCGGUGGUGCUGCCCAGGCAGAUCUGGCGGUGCUGGUAAUUUCCGCGCGAAAGGGUGAAUUCGAAACUGGCUUCGAUCGGGGUGGACAAACGCGAGAGCACGCCAUGCUGGCGAAGACGGCCGGUGUGAAGCAUUUGGUCGUGCUGGUUAACAAGAUGGACGACCCGACGGUUAACUGGGACCUUGAGCGUUACAACGAAUGCAAAGACAAAAUAUUACCAUACCUCAAGAAACUAGGAUUUAAUCCGGUGAAGGAUCUUACGUUCAUGCCGGUGUCCGGUAUUACCGGGCAGGGUUUGCGGGAACCAAUCGAUGACUCCACAUGCCCCUGGUACCAGGGUCCGGCCUUUAUUCCGUUCAUCGACGAACUACCGUCGCUCAAUCGCAAAACGGACGGUCCAUUCAUCAUGCCGAUCGUCGACAAAUACAAGGACAUGGGUACGGUGCUGAUGGGCAAGGUGGAAUCCGGUGUGGCAAAGAAAGGCACGAAUCUGCUAGUGAUGCCCAAUAGAACACAAGUGUGCGUUGAUCAGCUGUGGUCCGACGACGAAGAAGUAACCUCAGUGGGGCCUGGUGAAAAUGUGAAAAUCAAAGUAAAGGGCAUAGAGGAGGAGGACGUCUCACCUGGAUUCGUCCUUUGUGACGCUUCCAAUCCGAUUAAGACGGGCAAGAUUUUCGACGCACAGGUGGUCAUCCUAGAACACAAGUCAAUCAUUUGUGCGGGAUAUUCGGCCGUAAUGCAUAUACACUGUGCCGCUGAGGAGAUUACUGUUAAGGCUCUUAUUUGUUUAGUUGAUAAGAAGACGGGAGAAAAAUCCAAGACAAGGCCGCGCUUUGUGAAGCAGGAUCAGGUCGCCAUUAUGAGGAUUGAAUGCUCCGGAUUGAUAUGCUUAGAGCAGUUUAAACUAUUCCCCCAGAUGGGCCGCUUCACGCUUCGAGAUGAAAAUAAAACUAUCGCUAUUGGAAAGGUCUUGAAGGUUGUGGAGUAAUGUGACCAAGCUCCUGUUCAACCAACACAUGAACCACGCUCGUUUCAUUGGCAGCGAAUAAACAGUGUCCUUUAAUCAUCCAGCAUACUGGCCAUUUAAAAACUCACACUUUAACAAACACAAACACUCACACCAACACGUACAGUCAUCAGCCAAUGCACUGCGGAUACACACAAACACGUCCUUCCCAAACAAUGCCACAAUUCGCGUCGUUGCGAUACGCACCGUUAAAGAUAUUGAAGCAAAACCCGUUUAUUCCAGCCGUGCUUAUCCCGAUACCGUUUCGCGGACAUCAUGUCCAACUUUUAUUGUUAUCUGUCGCUUUCCUCUCUUCUUGGCUGUAUGUGUGCUCAGCUCCUACUUCUCGAUAGUGUAACGUUCUUAAAUCUCUACCCUUUCACCGUCUCGCGCGGGUCGGUACAAACGGACGCAAACCCGACGAUAGAGACGAGCGGACGGUGGUGUGGAGUCUGUGGUGGAAUUGAAUCAAGCCAGACUGUACCGUAUCUCUCUGCCGCGGGAGAAGGGAUCGCAAUGAGCUGCUACUAAACCCGUAUUAUAGCUAUAUUUGCAGCGCAAAAAUAAAUUAAAACCAAAACGAACCAAAAGGCAAACGCGACACACUCACAGCACAGGAAAGGUAAACAAGCCAGCAAAUUAGUCUCUGUCCAGCAAGGUUAGAAGAUGACGCGAAACCCUUAUGAGCAUCCAUCGUACGCAUGGUGCCGACUGUGUACAGGCAUUUUUUACACCCAUCUCCCCCUCCAUCAGCUUCCUUCCGAUAGGGCGGACAGUUCCCUGGCUGAAACACCAGAUUGAUGGUACAAGGGUAGGACGUCGCGUGAGAUAGCGAAACAAGUUUAACAAACCGUGUCCUGCAAGUUAAGCGAGAUAUAAACUGAAAUCAACCAAAACAAGGUAUGCGCAUCAAAUGCUGUUAUCAGCGAUAAACGGAAACAAAACUCAGUAGAAAGUAACUAAUGGAACACCACAAUGCAAACGAAAACGAACAUAAACAGAGAAGCAAAACAUAUAUAGGUAACAUAAGAGAAAAAAAACAGAAGCAAACUAAUCGCUCCAAACGCGACGUCGACUGAAUAGUAUGCACCGAAUGAGCUCCAUCGGGAGCACAUUUAAAACCCGGUUGGAAAGGAAAUGCAGGCAGCAGCUGAAAUACGACGCAUCAGGAACAAUAAUAUUAAACAUGAUAAUGUAACACUGUUUUGGAGUGUAUUCGUGCGUGUGCAUUUUUGGAUAAAUAAAUCCAACCCACACAAAACGCGAAAGCCAGACCGAGUAGAAAAGCUACUCGAGCUAGAAUCCCGAAUCGGUAGCAGGAGAGCAGGGCAGUGUAUCGUGCGUGCGCUUGGAAAGAUGGCAGCAAGAAACAGAAACGUAACGCAGUAGCUAAACCAGACCAGAAGUGUAGAGUGAUAAGUGGAAGGGACAUUAUUGGUCGGUGUCGGAGAGAAGCUCCCUUUACCAGCCGCGUAAGCAAAGAACUUUUAAAGUCGCCGCCUGUUAAUGAAGUCUUUGAUUGUUUUUUUUCUCCUUUCUUUUUAAUUUUCUCCAUUGUGUUAUUGUAUCGACACGCGAAGCAAAGCAACGCAUGCAAAUCAGAGCAUCAGAGAUAUAAGCAAAAGCAACGUUGGGUUACAAUUAUAAGAUGGCUAGUGGACGGUAGAGCUAUAUAGCCAAAAACGAACGGAAGUACAGAAAACAAACGCACUAACCACAGGUCGGAAGGGACAUGUCCGAUCGACUACUGUUUACAUUGAAUUAUUGAAAACUGCUGGAUAUUUUUUUUUAUAAAGCAAUGCAUGGUUUCUAUAUGUAUCCGUUUUUCUUUCACAUGAUGAUGCAUGUUUAUGUAAGUGUUUUUUUUUUUUGUUCUUUUGCUAUUAAUUUGUUUUCUUUCCCGUGCUAAAGAACGCAUUAUUUCCGAAUGAACCAUCAAAAUAAAAAUUGUGUGUUGUUAAUAGGAUGUUAAAUGAGGCAGGAAACAGAGAAAUCGAUUUUGUUUUGAAACAUAUUUGAACGGUCUUUCAGUUUGGCAGAUAUUUUUUUUGGUGCAUUAAAAAUUGCGCAACGAAAAUGGGAACUAAAGUCCAAGAAGCAGUUCGUACGUAAGGGAGUGAAAGAAGGGAUGUGUUAAUGAGAAAACCGAAUGAAUGAAACAAAAAGAAAGAGACGUAAACAAAUACAAACAAAGAAAAAAACAAAACGCCCGGCAUAACUCAGCUAUUCUCUACAUCUAAUCAAAAUACGGUAAACAAAUUUCCUAAGCAAAACCAUGCAUAUUGAAUAUGUUGUCAUUGCGGUCUGUUUUGAUAUGUUCACCUUUUUUUUAACCUCUUGUUUGUUUUGAUAAUUUGACGAAAAUGAAACUAGAACCACACGCAUAGUGAGCGAAAGUAAUGAAACAGAAAACGUGAAAACACUGAAGGAAGAAAAUAAAGAGGUCUCUUUUUGAAAAUGGAAUGAAAA